CUCGAGUAGUAGCGCGAGCGACGCUUGAAAAAGUAAGACGGAAUUAAGCCAUGGCAGCUCAUUUAUUUUCCCGAUUGGAUCCGUUCGACUGCCAGAAGGGUGAUUUCGACUACUAUUUGGAGCAGUUUGAGCAUUUUCUGGUGCUGAAUUCGGUCAAUGAAGAAAGCAAAAAGGUGCCUCUGUUCAUUUCCAGCAUCGGUCAGGAGGCGUACAAAAUUCUGAAAGAAAUUUGUGCCCCCUCUGAUCCGAAGGAAAGAUCCUUUGGCCAGUUGAAGUCGUUACUGCAAGAGUACUUUGCCCGGCGUGAGUUCUACCGGCGCAAUCAACGGCCUGGGGAGUACACGGGAGCUUUCAUUAACGAGUUGAAACGAUUGUCGGCGAAGUGCAACUUUGGUCCCUUUGCUCAUGACGCGUUGCGCGAUAGAAUUGCCUGUGGUAAGCUUCCGGAAGAUAAGGCCGAUAAGAAACCACCACCACCGUCGUCGUCGUCGUCGGUGCCAACGGUUGCACCAGUUUCGAGAAAGGGACAGAGUGUGCCUCCAAUCGUGGCUGAAGUGGCAGCAGCGAAGACGAAGAAGCAAUUACAAACGACGCUGGAAUCGCUAAUGGCCAAUCUGGGCGAAACCAAAAAGCAGCAGAAGGGACCUAAACCGCAGGCCAGUGGUAGCGGUAACGCAAGGAUGUGCAAGAUUUGCGGCCACCCACACAAGGAAAAUGAAUGUCCGCAUAAAGACGCAUCGUGCUUUAUGUGUCGCAAGAAGGGUCACAUUGCAUCGGUUUGCCGAGAGAAGGCAAAUAAGGGUCAACAACAGCAGCAACCGCCGGUGCAGGUUCAUGUGCACGUUCAACAGAACACCGGUGUGAAGAAGUAGAGUUUUGGAUGCAGUGGGAGAAAUUAACUUGUGAGAUGGAGUUCUACCUAGUUCAUAAUUUUGUAAUGGAUAACAUUUUAUUAAAUGAAAUAAAUGUA